GUUCUGACCGAGUACAUCACUACCAUUUAUUAAAGCCAUGUUUAACUGAAGACAAUAAUUUAUUGAACGAUCUCUACUGGUUCUGUCUUCCAGACCUAACUUCAUUCACUUAUAUUUUCAACAAGAAACAUUUUUAGGCUGUGGUGUGCAAUAUCUCUUAUCGAACGUCUCUGGACUGCAUUCGCACGUAAUGGACGCCUGUAUUGGGUGCAGGAAGUAAAAGAUUGACGUAAUUAAAGUCUUGAUAGUUGUGGUUCGUUGGGCAGCCGCCCCCCUCAUAUUAUAGUAUUUGUUGUGCUUUUUAAUACACAUUUUGGAUUAGGAAUUCUGAGACAUCUAAGGAGUGUCCACACGCAACACACUGUUGCGAAAUACUAUUAGGGUUAACUUCCAGAAAGCAGUGCAGUUGCAGAAUGUAGGCGUGUGAUCCAGCCUUAGCUAACUCUCAAGAACUCCUGACCCGUCUCCAAUAGAUUGCUCUACCGAAGAUGUGGCGGACUGAGAUUUGUGCGGCACGUAAGGCGAUACUGGAAGUAGCUCCGAACACAUUCCGCCUCUGCAGUCUUACUGGCAUGAUGAAUGUGUAAAUUCUGCAAGUGGAAGGAUACCGUCCAUCCCGGUGACCCCUUUUCUGGACGACAGUAAGACUGCCCCACCAUGUCUUGCCGCCAUGUCAACUCUGGCGGCUACCGGUGCUCGCGGGCAUCGCUCCCGGCACACCGUGGCUACUGCCGCCAGCACGCAUCCCUGCUCCACCUCCCGCCGCCAGUACCCGCCCCGUCGCAACCGUCCCGCCGGGGCGGCAGGGGGGGCGGAGCCAGUAGACCGGUGGCGACACCUGCGGCUGUGACUGCGCCUGUGCCGCAGAGUGCACCUGAGGUGAGGCGACGGAGCUCUUCCGUCGGGCGCACGCCGACCGUCGAACAACUUCUCGCCCGCAUAGACCGGCUCCGUGCUUCCUCUCCGAGUGCAGAGUCGGCGUGGUCGGAAGACAGCGACCACGAGACGCCGACACUCGGAUCGUCACGGCAGUAUGCUGGUAGUGGGUGCACCGGAGACUCGUCGGGGGCGGAAUCGGGCCCGGAAGGUCUGGAGCCUGUGGACCUCCUGCACCACGCCGGCGUUUACACGGCGGAGGAGGCGGCCCUUCUCGCACGCGACAAGCUGGUGCGGCAGCAGGCGCUCUACAUACAGCAGUUUUCCAGGUUACAACACCUACUGCGCGAGGGUCGACGCAGGUACUUACACGAGCUGAAACUGGAACGCCAGGCUGAAGCCGACGCGGCAAAGGAACGUCAGCUUGCGGCAGAGGCCGGGGAAGAGAACUCGGAGCGGACGGGCCCGUCGGAACGGGUUUCCACCUCGGACACGGCCCCUGGCAGGAGCAGCGGACGGGGCACACCACAGCGGAGCCAGUACGAUGCGGAGGAGAAGCUGCGCGCUACGUGGCGCUACCACCGGCACCGUGGGGUGUGCGCAGUCCUGCGCCGCAAGUCGUGGGAACGCCGGGCCGACACCCCUGCCCCUCCGGGACCACGCUGCAUCCACACGGAAGGUGGCGUCAGGUGCAGCGAGCGAUGCCUUCCGGCGAGCAAGUACUGCCUAAAGCACAUCUUAAACGACCCAAACCAGAUGCUCUACGUCCCCUGUGUCGGCCGCCGUAACUUGACCUUGGAGCAGCGUGACGAGGAAUUUUCCAAAAGCAGGAAGAAGGCACGCCGUACUUCGACUGGUAGCAGAGCCAGCGGUGCCAACACGAGCAGACAACCCGUAGUGAAGAGUUGCCGGACCAGCGCACGAGCGUGUGCGAGGGGCGUGAAUCCCGCAGUCGCGGCAGUGCUGGCGGCAAGAGGCAGGGCCGUUUCCGUCGGUAGGAUGGCUGCGUCAAAGUCGAGGGCGGCUGCCGCCGGCCAUAAGGAGACGGUGGUCAGAGCCGCGACCCCGAGCCCCAGGAAGAGGGGCGCGGCCACCCGAGCGGCUCCCGCCAGAUCCGCUCCCGUGAGACCUGCUCCCGUCAGGUCUGCUUCCACCAGGGGUGCUCCCGCCAGAGCGGCUCACGCCAGAGCUGCUCCUGUGAGAGCCGCAGUCGCCAGUACUUCCCCCGCCAGAGCUGCUCCCUCCAGAACGAGAUCUGUUCCCGCCAAGGUGGAGAAAGCCCGCUCGUCCAGGGGUUCGGCUGCAGUCGUGGCGGCCGCUACUUCAGGAAGGGCGCGCCCCUUCGAGUCGGCGGAUUCGGACACCCGACAGAGAGUACUGAAGACGGAAAAGGCGGCACAGGUUGUCGCCACUGUGAAGAAUGAAGAUGCCGCCACAGGAAGUGCACGUACUUUUAAGACAGUAGACGUGCACACCCCGAAGAAAGUACCAAAGACGGAAAAGGUGGCACAGGUCGCCGCCACCGUGAAGAAUGAGGGUGUCGCCGCGGGAAGAGUACGUACUUUCGAGUCGGUAGAUGUGGGUGUCCCGAAGAGAGUACUCGAGCCGGAAGAGGUGAAGGAGGUCGCCGCCACUGUGAAGCACGAGGAUGCUGCCGCGAGGAGACUGCGCACCUUCGAGUCGAUAGACCUGCGCACCCUGCAGAGUGUAGUCGAGUCGGAAAAGGCGGCACGGGCUGCCGCCGCUGUGAAGAAUAAGGACGCUGCCGCUUUCGCAGCCGCUUUGGGUGUGGAGAAGACGCCGUCUCUGGAGAAGCUGGUGCGGCGGAGGAAACUUGCUCGGAUGGCGGACGCGAUUGAGAAGCGCGACGCGGCCGCCCUCCUGGCCGCCAGGACGUCUGGCAGAAAAUCCGAGAGUUCUUCGGCGAAGGUGGCAGUGUCGGUGGAAACCCGAGAGGAGUCGACCCAAGAAGUGAUCGACAACUCUAAAAAAGUCGCAGCUCCGGCAGCCAUGCCGCAAUCGGAAGAAGCGGUGGCGGCUGCCCUCGAGCCGGAUCGCACUCCAGCCGAGCCCGGGAGUCGGUCGGCUGUACCCGACGAGGCCGCGGUAAGAGUCCCGUCAGCUCGGCCUCAGAGUCUGGAGAGUAUGCCGACUCCUCCCACGUCUUCCGUGGAGGCAGCGAAAGCACUGGCCGCUCUGAAGUUCAAAGACUCUGCUGCACUGCUGGAUUCCCUCAAACCUGCAGACCACGCGACUCUGAUGGCCGCCGUCAGGACCAGGGACAAGAGCGUCAUCAGGGCAGUUCUCAGGUCGGAAGGUGUCGCACCGGUAGUAGCCGACUUGAGGGCGAAGGGCCUGCUCGUCCCGUCGAACUCAUCAAAAUCUGAGGCCGCGGACCCGGCGGCGACCGAGGGCGGACUCACGCCGACGACCGCCGUCCGGACGGACUCUGCCGCGUGUGGGCGCGUCUCCGAGACCCGCAGAGCCGGAGGCGCGGCAUUGAGGUCCGCUACUGCGGAGUCCGGAGACGCGCGUGGGGGAGUUUCGGGCGACCGGGUGGCCCCGGUGGCUGCACUGAGGUCUAGGAGUGCUGGCGCCGUGGCGGCCGCUCUCAGGUCGAGGAACUCGGCAGCCCCGUCUGCCACGCUCGAGUCCGGGUCGAAAGCGGUCGGGGCCCGCGGGCUCGCACUGAAGGCGAAGGUGCCGGCCGGCGCUAGGACGAAGAGUGCCGCAGCCAAGGCGGCCGCGGCCAAGCUCAAGGCGGCCGCGCUGGCGGCGAGGAAGGCGAAGAAGAGGGAGCGCUGCCAGGAACCCGUGCUGCGCGUGUUCGAGAUGGACAUGCGCUGCCCCUGGCACACGGUGUACGUCCCCGGUGACCGACACGCUACCGAGGGUAAGGUGGGAAUUGCCGGUGUGCCAAAGGAGGAAGUAAAGGUGCCAAAAGAAGAGGCGGCUGAGGACUGCGAGGCCACGUGUUAUGGCCCCGCGAACAAGAAAAUUAAGAUGGAGUUAGACGAACUGACGCCUAACAUUGGUGGCAUUAUAGAGGAAGUGGAAAUGAAGAUGGAGACGAAUGACGAGGUGGCAGACGAUAUGGCCAGUGUGAGCGGCAGCGGCAACCACGCAGACCUGUCGACCGAGUCGACGCUGUCGGCGACGUCUCCUCGAGCUGACGAAGACAUAGACGAUGACUGCCGGGAUGUGGACGUGGACAUGGAUGCGGGGGAGGUGAUGCUGCAGCCGCCUCUGGGGGCAGACGAAGCUGACCUCGUGGCAGUGGCACAGGGUGUCGCCAUGGUCGGGGCAGAGGAGGAAGUUGCCGGUCAACAGGAUGAAGAUUCACUUACAAAUCCACCAGUCGCUGUUGACGAGGUAGAGGUUUCCUAAGAACGCUGGAUUGUGUGCAGUACAUUUUCCACACCACAGAAGAUACAGUGUUGUACUGUUGCAGAAUGAUUUAUUUAUUUUGCAUGUCAUGAAUUCUGUGUAGGUACUCAAGAAAUUGGUAACGACUAUUGGGAGGAUUUGUGAGCAGCACCAGAGCCGUGAUCUGACACUUUUGUAUGCCAAUUUGCCAUCUUGUAGUGCCGUCAAGAAGCUUGCAUAUUGGAUGUAAUGGAAGAGUCUAUUUGUGGCGGGUACACAUUUGCAUACCUUUGCAUGCGCUUCUGUCAUGACUGUAUCCUUAUUUCUCAAACGUGUCAGGUGCAACCAAAAGUGCGUCAUCUUGUAAUCAUUCCGUACCUCUCCCAUCCCCUAUCCCCUUCCUCUUAUACCUGUGAUCUCAUUGCUUACUUCUACAACUGGAAGUUAGCCCAUAGUUCUUGUUCACAUGGUCUUUUUUUUUUUUUUUUUUUUUUACCCGAAGAUAAUGCAUAAUGUAGCUUGUUGUAAUUAGGAUUAGAAGACAUAUAUACUAAUAUAGUAAGCUGAUAGUAUGUUUUCACAUAGCUGUUGUCACAAGUUACGGAGAAAUUAGUCGAGUUUUGGCAGGAAGGAGAACAAUCUUUUAUUUUCUAGUACUGCUGUUAUUGCUAAUACUGUGGAAUCGGGGAAAUUAACUGUGAUUACUGUUUCCACCUCCCCGAGAGCCCACCGAUAGAGAGUUACUCUUUCUCUGUGUUUGUAUAUUUUGUGAAAGAAGCUUUGGGCAUUGUAAUUGUAAGUGUGAAAUACUCUUUUCUCAUUAAUUGUUGCAAACGGUGCAUCAUGUUUUCCUGUAAGUGUAGGAACUUUUUUUUGUUAAAUUUUCUUAGAAUCGUUUAAUCUGUGACUGACGUUUGGAAGUCUGUGCAUUGUCUGCUCUCAUCCUACCUUGUUGACGGAAAGUGAAAAAUUAUUCAAUUUGUGUUACUGAUCAGAAGAAGAAUGCAGAACUGAUUGUUUCUUUUCAUUAUUAUUGUGUAGUAUUUAUGUAGUGAGAUGCUUGCUUUCAGAUGUUUCUGUGUGAGUGUACUUUUCCAUUUCUCUAUCUUCAUGGUAAAAUGAACAUUUUUCUCCAGUAUUUGAUUAGCUUUGAUGUUGUAUUACCCUAUCAAUAUUUAGAGAAUGAAUAUAAUUAUACCCUUGUCAUAAAUAAACAGAUCCUUGUCUCCUCUAAAUCAGACACGCCUUCCCCCAUUUUGCCAUUACACAUUACGCUACAUUGAUGUUUGUAAGAGAAAAUACAGUAUUAAGGCACUGUUGUUUCAGAAAGUAUGUGACAUAUUUUGAGCAAGUUCUUGACCUGUAGGCAGCUUCAGACGUAGCUAGCAUUAGAACUGCAUUGGACUUUUUUCAAAGGCAUACAUUAUAUACUUUUUUUUCUCCCCCCCCCCCCCCCCCCUCCCCGUGCCCAAUUGAUCACAAUACUGUUCUUUGUGGCAGUGUUAAUGUAAAUUAUAAACUAGCACAAUUUCAUUACUAUUGCAAUUUUCUGUGUAUAUUUUAUCUUGUAGUUACCAGAUGCGCAGCUGUAAAUAUUUUGACUAAAUUUAUGACACUGUGGAGAAAUUCUGUUAUCUGUGGCCUUUACUAAGGGGGGUCCAAGUACUUCAAUCUUUUGUCUGAGAUUGAUUUUCCACAACUGUAGAUGUUUACUGCCAUGUAGGUUCCUGGGAGUGGCUUUGUAUAUUUGUACUCUUCCUGCUUCUGUUCUCACCACCAGUUUUGAGUGUAAGGUGAUAAAUAUUCAAGGGGAAUGGCGUGGUGAGGGACAUUCUUGAUCUCAUUUUGGAGAGAUUUAUGCCAUAAUUGAAUGUGAAUCAGAAUUCUCACAAUUAUGUUUUUCAAUCUGUUUUCUUCUUUUAUUUAGAAGCAAUAAACACCACUCAAUAGUUGUAUGUAUUCUCCUUCCAAUAGUAGUCAGUGUUCUAUGUGAAUUGUAUUGUAUUUUUCUGAUGUAUGUAUUUAUGUUAAUAUACACAUUUCAUUACUGCUGAAUGCACAUUCUCAGUAAAGCAUCUGAUGCAAGCAGCUGAAUCGAUAGAAAUUGAAUGCUGUAGAUCAAUAUUGACUGCUUUCUGGUUGUUGCCAACUUUACUCGUCAAAUAACACUGUGAUUAGUAAGUCUGUGUCUAAAAGCUCUUGUAAGUGAUAUACUGAAUUAGCAGUCACUAGCACAUAGUUCGAAAUCCUCUUAUUUAUUGACAUAUUAAGUGCAUUAAAGUUGGUUUUAACCAGAAGACAGACAGUACCACUCGACGUAAUUACAUUGAUGUCGAUUCGGCUGCUGUCGUCAAGUGUCUCAUCAGGAGUCGUCUUAGAGCGUGCAUGUAGUACCUAUUAUUGUCAGCACUGUUUGUGGUAAUUAUAUCUUGAAUGUUGCCGGUAACUAAUAGCUGUAGAUGCCACCCUGUACACACUGAUUUAUUACAAAAAAUGUUGUGUUCUUUAUUUUUAUUAUCUAAAGUUUCCAUUAUGUAUUUACCUGUAGUAAUUAUACAAGGUGUUAAUAAAGUUUUCUUGGCUUGCAGAAC